AUGUUGUGUUAUAUUUUUUUUAAUAAUACAUCAGUACCAACAAUUUACAGCAAAACAAAAAUCACUGAUGCUUUUCCUGAAGGCUUACCUUACAUUAAACCAAAGUCUUUAGUCACCUCUUCUGGUUUGAAAUGGCAAUAUCAACUAGAUCCACAUUUGAAAGACACCUUACAAGAAGAAACUGAAAAGCAUCACUUCCAUUUCUGUAAUGGUGAGAAUGACAAAAUAAAUAGGCCGAUUUAUCUUUUUUUCUCUGGUGCUGGCACUGGAAAAUCCAGGAAUGCAUCUGAAUUUCAUAAUACAUUAAUCAAAUGUUUGAAUUGUUCAAAGGAUUUGAAACUAAAGGAAAAAAUUCAAGAUGCUUGGGUAUUUAAUGUUAGCUUAGAAAAUGGCAUCAGCUUCUCUAGGAGUGUUGAGUCAAUUGGUAUUUUAGCUGUUGGAAUUCGAAUGUUUUGGCAACUUUUUCCUGAUUUUGAGGAUUUUAUACAUUUUAUUUAUACUUAUGAGGCUCCAACCCCAUGGGAGAAUGACAUUGUUGUACCAGUUUUUCAACAGGACAAUCACAUCAUUAAAUUGCUUGUGGAUGAUUGUGGAGGACAUGAAGUGCUUGCAGAAACAUUGAGAGAUACAAAUAUCAAUGAUUGCAACAUUGAUAAUUUGAUGCAUUGUUUAUGUUCUAAUAUUAUUCAUCAUUAUGAAGAUGCUUUCAAUAUAACUGCUUUAGAAACACAGACUAUUUAUUGCAUGGUUAAUAUUGACCAGAAAGCAAUAGGAAAUAGUGUUGAGGGAUAUUUUGAAGCAACAUACAUUUGGGUCUGGAUAAUGGCACAGCAAGCUGCAAAAAAUGGAGAUCCAUUACUUAAAGACUGGCAAUUCUGUGAUUACAGAGAGCACAGCUCAGUAUCUGAUUGGAGGUUGCCAGUGGGAUCUCAGUUUUGGAAUCAUUUUGAACAUUUCAUUGCAAAUUUUCAUUCAUUAAAAUCUAAGGUACUAUGUGAAAAUGAGUUAACAACAGUUUCAGAAAUUCAUGCUGGAGCACGUCUACAUUUGAAUGAUGAUUUCAAAUUCAAGAACCAUCAUCUAAAAUUGGAAUGUGCUAUUCAUCAUGUGAAUACAAAUUUUGCUACUUAUGAUAAAAGAAUGGAUAUUGAAUGUGAAGGUACAUGUGUCAAUGUUUGGGAAGGUAAACACUGUAUCAUAAAUGCACAAUCUGCACCAUAUGGUGAUUCUUUUCUUGCAUUAGACCAAUCAAAAUAUAAUAAUCCAAAUGAAGUUCAUCAAGCUAAAAGAGCACAUGUUUAUGCUAUUGUAGGUCCAUUGAAUAUAAAUACUGCAACUUAUACAGAGCUCAUGACAAUUGAUGGCAUUGGUGUAAGUCAAGUGGGCACAAUUCUCAAAAAGCGACCAUUUAAAACCCUUGAAGAUGCAAAAAGGGAAACAGGUAUACCAGAAAAGGCAUUGAAAAGAUUAAAAUUUCCAGAGGAAGAUUAA